UGGCAGCCGAUGCUAGAAAGCGAUUGCACGUUCGAACCCGAAAUGUUUCUCAGAGUUAUGCACAAUCUGAUCAAAAAUCCUAAUAUUAUGUCCACGCAUCUCUUCCGAGCGGAUAUACUCUACGAUAGCGAUGCCGACCACACUAUUAUCGAGGGACCCACAACCACGCACUUCAGCGACUUUACGAAGCAUCUCAAACCAGAGUACAGGCCGAGAUAUGCUGAGCUUCCUGGGUUCAAGUGGGAGAGGACAUAUGUACGGCAACUUGUCCCACGCAAUCGACAACUGGACAAGGAUCUUCCGCAGACGUGUCAUUUCUACACGCGCCUAGAUGGAGAAACUACAAGAAAUCUUAUCCUCUACAUCCCGCAUGUGGAAGACUCAGAAGCUAUGCCGUGGUAUCAUCCCAGGGUCCGCGCAGUUGCUUUCUCCCACUAUUGGACGCCUUCAUCCAGGCUGGGGGCCGUCGCAGUCCAUUACUCUUUGUUCCCCGACAUACCUUUGGACUCGAGACUCGAGCGAACAGCAUUACAGCUGCUCACCAAGAUUCACAAACACAGUAGAGGACAACAAGCAGGCUACCAGAAAAGGGUCCAUCACGAUCUAGUCGUUCCGCAGAAGACGUUCCAAGAGACAUACGCCAGACUCAAGAGCACAUAUGCUAAGUUCCUGAUCGAAGGCUGGGCAGAAGUGACUGACCCUGCAAAACACGUCUUUGAGGAUCUUGGAAUCGCUUCUUUCUUAAUCGAGCUCUGGAAGGUCAUGUAUGAUUGCACCCAACUUGCGGAUGAUAAGGGAAACGCCGUUCAGCUCGAGAAAGAUAGCACGAAACCUCCGUUUCCGGGAUUUGUGGACAUCGGCUGUGGCAACGGUCUUCUUGUAAACAUUUUGAUCAAGGAAGGCUUCCCAGGUUGGGGUUUUGAUGCGCGUCAUCGAAAGUCAUGGGAGACAUUCGCACCUAACGUUAAGAGCAAACUUGCAGAAGGCAUCCUGGUACCCGAACAGUUGGAAGCGGUUGAUUUGCUUCGAGAUCGAGACUUCCACAACGGCCGAUUCAAGAAGGGAACAUUCAUUGUGUCAAAUCAUGCGGAUGAGCUUACUCCGUGGACUCCACUUCUCGCCUAUCUCAAUGAUUCUCCAUUCAUCGCUAUACCAUGCUGUAGCCACAAUCUGGCUGGCGCUCGAUGGCGAGCACCUAUAUCGAAGGCUGCGAAGGAAAAAGCUGCUGCCCAACGACCUGGCACGAAGAACGUACAGUCGGCGUAUGCUUCUCUAUGCGAUUAUGUCUCGGGUCUAGCGAAUGAUAUGGGAUUUGUUGUCGAGACCGAAAUAUUGCGCAUACCUUCCACUCGCAACACUUGUAUCCUGGGCAGG